GUGCCUUGUCCUCGUGGAUUAGUUAACCUAACUUAUAUAUAUUUAUAUAGAUGUAGUCUCACAUUUGAGGCGCCACCACUGAACACUAUUUUGAGAAAACAUUUCAUAAAUGUAGGGUAGAUAUUUCUUAAUUUUCUUUGUGGGUAGGACGUACUUUUGCUCGUCGGUCCCCAAUUGGGAGAGCUCAUUCACGUUUUUAGUGCUCAACCACUAACACUUCUCAAAUAUUACGCGUAAAUUUAUCGAAAAAAUGCCUAAAAGGAUGUUUAAGGACAGUGAGGUCGAUUAUAUUAAUUAUAAAAUAAGAAAAUUGGAACGAAAAUUGGACGUAUUACGUACACGUAGAGAAUCGUCGACCUCUUCGUCAUCAUCGGAGUCCCUUAUACUACAAUAUAAUAAAGGCGAGGAAAUUGUGGUUUGCUCAAGGCCACCCAGUCCAAUAGAAGAAGUUGAAAUUACGACGGAAAAUGCGGAGAUGGACAUACCGCAUCCUGAGGUACCUAUAACGUCUGAUGAUGUUGCAAUUAUUAAUGAGGUACCGGAACCCGUAGAAGUACCUACGCUGGAAAAUGAGAACCUGCCCGACGAGAUCAUAGAAAUUUUGGGACAAGACCCAACAUCCAUUUCCGAAUAUAGUUCAGAAAUUCGUAAGGCGUUAGCCGACCGCUUAAUCCAUAUAGCCACUACAGGUCUUGAUAAGGAAGCGCGCAAGGAAUUGUUUCGAAACAAAAAAUAUUUCAUUCCUAGCAACUGCAAGCAAAUCGCGGCACCGUUACUCAAUCUUGAAAUCAAGGCCGCCUUGACGGAACACGUGUUAAAACGCGAUAAGGGUAUGGAAGCUAGACAAAAACAAAUCGCUUCAGCCAUUUCUUGUUUCGCUCAAGUAAUGGACUUACAAAUACAAAAUCAGGCAGAUAGCAAAAUAAUAAAGGACAUUAUGGAAGGAUUAAGGAUGCUUUGCGAUAUUCAAUACACGGACUCAAUGAAAAGAAGAUAUUUUAUCUCGUCAUGCCUCAAAAAAGAAGUGAAUGAUCAUCUUUCACAAACAAAAAUAGAUAAGUAUAUUUUUGGUAAAAAUGUAGCUGAGACUUUAAAGACUGCUAAGAUAGUCUCGAAGUCGGGAACAGAAAUAAGGGUUCAAGACGUUAACAGUAAAACAGUAAUUAAGAGAAAAACACAACCUCAACCGUCAACCUCAAGAGGUUUAAACUGGAAAGCUCCGCCGGCGCGCAGGCAGCCGGCCCAAACCAGGAGCCGCCCGCCUGUUCACGCGCAGAAGCCCGACUACUCAUCGAAAGGGUCGCGGCAGCAGCAGCAGCAGCAUCAGCAACGGAACACGCGCCGAUUUUAAACGAGGUAAAAUUCGCUGGUCGCCUUUCCUUAUUUGCCCAACAAUGGGCACUAAUAACCGAUGAUCAGUCUGUUCUCUCUAGGAUUACAGGUUAUAAGUUAACCUUUACACAGAAGGUUACACAGAAAGUACUUCCCAUCACUCCUAAAUACACGGCUACAGAAAGGGCUGCGUACAGCGCGGCAAUUAGCAGCCUUCUUAUAUCUGGGGCGGUAACACAAUGUGAACCGUGCGCAACACAAUAUUUAUCGAGUAUAUUCCUAAUACCUAAACCUAACGGUAAAAAUCGCCUUAUUUUAAACUUAAAGAGCUUGAAUAGAUACAUAAAAACGCAUCAUUUUAAAUUGGAAGAUUUAAGAACCGUUAUAAAAUUAAUAACAAUAGAUACAUUCAUGGCCACAGUUGAUUUAAAGGAUGCAUAUUUUUUAUUAAAAAUUCAUCCUGAUU